AUGUCUGAAGGAUGGCGUUUGGGUAGUAAUUCAUCUACCACUGUGUCUACCAAGGACCGCCGAAUUACUGACCACACUGACCUAUGGCUUUGGUAUUGCUUUGCUCCCUGCCAGGCACGGGAAACGCCGCGGAAGCGCCGGCCCAGUGCUCGGCGGUGCGGAGGUCGAAGUGCUGACCCCGCCGUCCCGCCCACCCGCGCAUCUCGCCCCUCCGGCCCACGACCCACGACGCCCCCCUCCGAGCCCGCGUGCCGCGGCGGCGCCAGCCCCCGCCCCGCCCUCCCGCAUUCGGGCCUGCGGCGCAGCCCCCGCCGCCGCGGUUGGACGGCGGCGGGCUGGGGCGGUCGCGGGCCUGGCGGUCGCGGCCUGGGCGCCGCCUCCCUCCGCCUGCCGCCCCCGCGCUCGGGCCGCAGCCCUCCGCCGCAUGGAGCUCGCCGCCGCCCGCUCGCGCCCGCGCCGCCGCCCCGCAGCCCCCGCGCGGCCGCGCCCCCGCCUGGCUGGCCGGCCUGCGGCGCCUGCGGGCGCGCUGCCCCCGACUUCUGGCGCGAGGCGACCGAGCUGGCGGCGCUCGCGGGCCCCGUGUUCCUCGCGCAGCUCAUGAUCUUCCUCAUCAGCCUGGUCAGCUCCGUGUUCUGCGGACACCUGGGCGAGGUGGAGCUGGACGCCGUCACGCUCGCCGUCACGGUGGUGAACGUUAUUGGGAUUGCAGUUGGAACUGGCUUAGCCUCAGCUUGUGACACACUGAUGUCUCAGUCCUUUGGAGGUAAGAACCUAAAGCGUGUGGGGGUCAUACUGCAAAGAGGAGUCCUCAUCUUGGCGCUGUGCUGCUUUCCCUGCUGGGCCGUCUUCAUCAACACGGAGCGCAUCCUCCUGCUCUUAAAACAAGACCCGGAAGUCUCCAGGAUAGCCCAAGUUUACGUGAUGAUUUUUAUUCCUGCCCUCCCUGCAGCAUUUUUGUUCCAGCUACAGACGAGAUACUUACAAAGUCAGGGCAUCAUCAUGCCUCAGGUUAUUACUGGGGUCGCAGCCAACGUCCUCAACGCGGGCAUGAACGCGCUCUUGGUGUACGCUCUGGACCUGGGAGUGGUAGGGUCUGCCUGGGCCAACACCGCUUCGCAGUUCUUCCUGUGCGCUCUGCUCUUCCUCUACAUGCGGUGGAGGAAAAUCCACGUCAGCACCUGGGGAGGUUGGACUAGGGAGUGCUUCCAGGAGUGGGACUCCUAUAUCUACCUGGCCGUGCCCAGUAUGUUCAUGGUGUGCAUCGAGUGGUGGACCUUUGAGAUCGGGACCUUCCUUGCAGGACUGAUCGACGUGACGGAGCUGGGAGCCCAGGGCAUCGUCUACCAGCUGGCGUCUGUGGCCUACAUGGUGCCCCUUGGCUUUGGGGUGGCAGCCAGUGUCCAAGUGGGCAAUGCUCUGGGGGCAGGGGACGUCGAGCGGGCACGGUGCUCCUGCGUCGCUGUUCUCCUGUGUGCUGGAGUUUGUGCACUUGCCUUGGGAUUGUUACUCGCAGCUUUGAAAGAUGUGGUCGCCUAUGUGUUCACCAGUGACAGAGAGAUUAUUUCCCUUGUGAGCCAAGUGAUGCCUAUUUUUGCUCCUUUUCAUCUAUUUGAUGCCCUUGCAGGCACCUGUGGUGGCAUCCUGAGAGGUACAGGAAAACAAAAGAUUGGUGCUAUCAUGAAUGCUGUUGGUUACUAUGUUUUUGGUUUUCCCAUCGGAGUAUCUCUGAUGUUUGCUGCUAACCUUGGGAUAAUAGGUAUGUGUUUGAUUCUUCAGUGACUUGUCUCGAAUCUCACUCGUAUUAUUAAGAUAAAGUGCUUGAGAUGCAAAGCAAUUGACUGGAAAGUUGUCCCUAUGCAAUAGGAAACACUAUUUUCUCCCCCAGUAUCCAGUGCCUUGUCUGUUUACUGAACACAGUAAACAUGGUCCUGCCCUAGCAACGAGACCAAAGGGAGGGACAGGGUACAGUGAGAGCCUGUGCUGAGUUUUAGGGAACAUCUAAGCCCAUCUGGCUUACUAAGGUGGUGCUACAUUAGCUCAGACCUGAAGCACAGGUGGAAUUACCUGGAUGAAGUGAGCAGCAUUUAUUGAGAGCACGAUUCUUUCCCCGCUGAGUGGUCUUGGCAACCUUGCCGAAAGUUAGCUGGCCAUAGAUGUAUGGGUUUGUUUCUGGACUCUCUUUUCUAUUC